CCUCACUUGCACUAACAAAAUUCAUACUUGUCAGCUCCACUGCCAAAAAAAUUAAGUUUCUUUCAUUUAAAAUGGUCAAACAACGGAAAAAAGAUUCCGAAAAACGAAGGAGAUUAGUGCAGAAGUUGCUUGACUUAUUAGGCAGCUCAAAUGAAUCAGACGAUUCAAGUGAUGAAUGUUCUGGCGUCCCGGUGGUAAAUCUGAAUACGACACCUGUGAGCCCUUUGACUGGUCCCAAUCAGGGCUAUAACGUGCACCCUGACAUAUCAGACCUUCUAUCUACUGUCCUGCAUAAGGGCAGGAGUUACGACUCGCGCCAAUUUGCCUUAGCGUCGUACCCACUUUUAGGCAAUUGUUCCGCAUUGAAUCCGCCCCAAGUUAAUCCGGAAAUUAAAACGAACUUGAUCGAAUCACAUCAAAUCGCUUUGAACAAAGACGAAUUCCUCCGGAAAGUGCAGUUGCAACUAGCCGCAGGUAUAAGUGCGCUGGCAGUGCCAUUGGAUCAGCAGUACGAAAGAAGCAGACUGGAUCGAAGCGAGGUGGCGAGGGAGGAACUGGCCACUAUUAGCGAUCCGAUCAAAAUAUUUUCGGAUGUUUUCCACUCCAUAUCGGUACAUCGGCGAAGGUUGCUUACGCCUCUGGCCAAAGUAGGAUUGAGAUCGGGACAAAUGCGGGCGCUUCCAUACGAUGACAUGCUGUUUGGAAAUUGCCUGGCUGAAUGGAUCAGAAAACCGCAGAUUAAAGUCAACACCUCAUUGCCAACUAUGGACACUCAACCGAUAAAACACAAUGUUCAAAACAACGCACCAGUGAGUAAUACGAACGCUCAGAGUACAUCAACUCCAAAGCCUCCAUCCCAAUCUCACACACCGACGAUCACCCGCAAUGGGAAUGGUAAUUCAGCGAUGAAUAACAUGGCAUUAAAGACCGAUCCUCAGGCAUCCACAUCGGGUACUUUACCACCUGGGCGUAUUAAGCGGAAACGUACCAAGGCUGCAAAGCGAAAAGCACAAUCAGCCAUGCUACAAUUUGUCGCCCAUCAAUCAGAUAAUGGUCAAAAACCGUUUCUUGAUAAUGGCGAUAAGCAAUUUUCCAUUCCUAUGAACCCAACGAGAAAUGCAGAAGGGCAUUCGGUCGAUAGUUCAGAUGCUGCAAAGCGAAAAGCACCAUCAAACAUCCUACAAUUUCCCCCUGCAAUUCCCAAUGCUGCAAAUAUGCAAAACCAUCAACGGAGUUUAACCCAAACGACGGAAUCCACUACUUUGAAAAUAAAAGUUGAAAAACAUCCAUAAGAUCAGUUUUAUCAGACGCUUUUUUUAUCAUUUGUCACCAGUUUUAUAAGAGAAUGAGAUGAUGAGAGAACCAACAUAAAUAAGGCAUUGAUUGUACUUUAUACGGUUGAUUGAAAGUUCACGGUAUUCUUUUUAGAUUUAAGGAGUUAUACCUUAGGAGGUGCAUACAAUAAAGUGUAUUUUUCUUUCUAA